AUGUCUGAAACAGAACGACAGAAUUUAACGGAGCAAGAUGGUGUCAUGGGUGCUAGCGGCGAUCAGCCUGCAAGUGAACGAGAGGCAUAUUUUCAGGCAUUAAGAUUAUGGAUACAACAGGCGCAAAUGUAUCAAAACUUAUCGUCAUGUUUUCCCUACUAUAUGAUGAGUUUACAAGGCAUCCAAAGCAAUCAAACGAAUGUUCCUUUACUUAAUAAUAACUACCAAUUUCAAGGACAACAGUUUCCAUUUCAAGUCCCGAUUCCUCCGAGGGCUACCCCUGACGCCCAAGCUCCUGUUCCAACAUUAAGUCCUGCUGAAGUUAUUCAAAGGCAUGGUGGCUAUGAGUAUGUUAUUCCUCCACUUUAUAAGAGGCUCUUAGCUGAAUUUAUAGAUUUCAUGCUGUUGUUUAUUUUAAAGCUCAUAGUUACCUUCAUAGCUGUGGAUAUGUUUGACAUCAUCGAUUUAGAAAAAUUUGAUAUAAACAAAUUAAGUGAAAACUAUGAUGACUACAAAUAUGCCAUGGAACUGACAUCGGAAAUUUUAUUACUUGAAAUUAUUUACAGGAUUAUUGUUUGUUUCUUUGAGGCAUACUGUCUGAGUGGCGGCGUUGGACGUUUGGGAGGUAUGACACCAGGCAAAGGUUUACUUGGUCUUCGAGUGGUCACAGCCUCUGCAGUUGUCCUUGUAGAAGGCCGUCCGAAGGAAACAGUCCUGUUAUAUCCUGGUCGACCAGUAACUUUUACUGUAGCGUUGGUACGCUCACUCCUAAAAAAUUUCCUCAUAUCUCUCUUAUUUCCUCUAUGUCUUAUUUUGUUUGUAUUCCGUUUUAACAGGACAGGGUAUGACCUGUUAUGUGGUGUCAUAGUUGUUGAAGAAAAUUUAUAUCCCCCAAGACGACAUGCACCAUAA